CGUGCGAGGCGAGCGGCAGUCAUCCGAAAACACUUAGCGGCGCAUCAUAGCGACUCGAGCCCCGACGUAAGCCUGUUACGCGCCCCGACGAAGCAAGUCUAAAUAAUUGACCCCUCCGCGGCGGAAUCGCGCAAACAAUUUACAUCCGACCGUGUAAAUAUCCGCGACCUCGGCGUCGCGCUUACUGGAAGGCGGCGAAGGUCCCCCUUCGGCGGCGACGGGGGUCAUUGCUCCGCGAAACGAUGGGAUCCUCGAUCGGAUCGGCUCGACGUUGAUUUUCGCGUAAAACACAUCGCGUAGCGAUAAAGAAGGUCGGUUCUUUGUGCGAUCUUUCGUGCGUUACCGCCGCGCGUAGUGUAUUCGAAGAUUGUGGUACCUGUAUCGCGCCGUGGAAAUCCGAAAGAUAUACUCGCGUGUAGAAUGCUCGUCACGGGCGGACUUUGACGAUCGGGAAACCAGAGCUCGAUGGACCAGAGCGUGAUCGUGCCGUCGGUGCCCCGCGACGUCGGCGCCGACAGCGUGCGGCUGAGCAUGAAGAACGAGUCUGACGCCAGCAGCCUGCACCACCAGCAAGAGCAGACGGUCGUCGUGCAUCCGAACUCGUCGACGGUGGCCGCGCGAUCGGCGGUGCUGCCAAUGGGCGCGGGUAGUUUGCCCCAGGAAACGAGCUUGGAACCGCUCAUGUGCACACCGACGAGCAGCGAGAUGCAGGCGAGGAAGCCAGGCGCGCGACGCCAGGAGAAGCCGCCGUACUCGUACAUCGCGCUGAUCGUGAUGGCGAUCCAGUCGAGUCCGGGCAAGAGGCUGACCCUCUCGGAGAUCUACUCGUUUCUUCAGCAGCGCUUCCCGUUCUUCCGCGGUACCUAUCAAGGCUGGAAGAACUCGGUGCGCCACAAUCUCAGCCUGAACGAGUGCUUCAUCAAGCUGCCCAAGGGCCUGGGCCGGCCCGGCAAAGGUCACUACUGGACCAUCGACCCGUCCACCGAAUACAUGUUCGAGGAGGGCAGUUUUCGGCGGCGACCACGCGGCUUUCGGCGCAAGUGUCAGGUGUUGAAGCCGCAGUAUACGCAAUAUUACUCUCCGGGCGCCGGUCCCGGAGUCGGCGUGCAAACGCCCGGCCCGUACGAGAAUCUGGCCGCUGGACCCGGCGGUAUCGAGUACGCGAACGGCUAUCAGAACCAGUAUCAAAACUAUCAGGAGUACGCGAUGUACGCGCCGAGCGCGGCGGUGUCAGCCGAUUGGGCGUACCCGGAGGGUCCACCCACGACGUACAAGUCCGCGCCGCCGAUAGCCGAGGUGACCUACAAGACCACCGAAGUCACGUACAAGACCGGCAGCGAGUCGACCCCGUCGGUCUACAGAAACGGCGAGCUGGUGACGUUUAAAAGCGAGCCCGGGUCUUUCGGCGCUCGCGGCCAGGAUCAGCUGACGACUUACAGGCCGCCAGCCGACGGAUUCCCAACGGUAAAGGAACAUCAUUCUCAGCAUCACGCUGAUUACAAAGACGAGGCCAUGAUGGGUUACAAGUGCGCCAACUCGACGCCCACCACUCAAGCGCCCGGACAGGAUUAUUAUGUCGGUUACGGCCUCGCGGGGGUCAACAAUGCUGCCGGCCACGUCAACAUUGCCAUGCAAUCUAUGCAGGAGCAACCUGGUAACAGCAGCCCUCUGACCAACGUCAGUUCGCCGCACAGCGGAUGUCAGACUCCUGCCGCGGACCACGGAAUAAAAAUGCAGUGCGCCAAUUCCAGCUCCAGUUCGAACAGUUCUGGCGGCGGCAUCGUUGACCGGAAGCCAUCCUAUUUCGCGCACCCUGGAGGCUCGGUGACCUUGAGCUCUCUGAGCUCGCUGGGUUCAUUAAAUCUGAGCAACAUCGGCGGUCUGAGCAUAUCCAACAUACCUGGCACAGUUUCCACGAAUAUUCAUCACGCAUCGACACCUCCGCCUACGACGAUGUACUACGAUCAGAUCAAGUACAGUAUGUGAAGACGUUUGUUUUCUGAAAAAGAAAAGAGAAAAGUCAAUAAACCUGUAAACUUGUUUUUUCGUAUCGAAACUUUCGUAUCUCGAAUGUUGAAGCGCUUCGCAUUUUUGUGAGCAAGAAUUGGCAAAUCCUAAGUUAAAUUCUCUCAUUAUUCA